AAUUGAACUUUGGCGCAAGCUCUCGUGUUCUGAAUUUCGCGACUGCGCACUAAUUUUUCAAAUUUUACACAGUGACGUUCGAAGUUUAACAUUUACCAUAAAAGUAGUUUGCGUAUAUGCGUCUGCACGAGUGCGUGCGACACACGUACACAUUCGCAUCAGCCUAGGUACAGAAGGAAAAGUGAAAAAAAUGCUGAGCCCUCGAGCGGCAGUGUGCGGCGGUGUCGAGAAGAGAAAUAAAGACCCGCUGGCAAAGGCUCGAUAAAUAACGAAACUGCAAUUUUAUUACAAUACGAUCUUCCAAUGAACCAGACUACCGCCACGAUGAUAAAUUUGAAGAUUCAUAGUGCUACUGUUACAAAUGAAUAUCGAUAACAAUUAGCGAACGAGAUGCGUGUAACGUUUGUGUCGCGAUUCAAAAAAAAAUCAAAAUUAUUACAACUUUUGACAAAAAUAAGCCAAAGGUAAAGAACGGAUCAAAGGAAAUAGAAUUUCGUGUGCAGCAUCACAAAUUCGACGUUCCUCCUGCCGAGCACGGUCGACCGUUCGAGACCCCCGUAUCUUUUUUUUUUUUUUUUAUUUUUUUUUAUUUUUUAUUCUCCGUCGCGUUUUCGUGCGAGUUUCUAAGACGCUUUCAAGAGACGAACAAAAAUCAACUGUGGCUCCAAAAGAUCGACAGGAAAAACGAAGGGAAAAAGGAAUCGUAGCAGACAGCCAAUUUUUCAAUACAGCUGCGGUCAGUCUGUUUUACUACAGUGCGUUUCGACAGAAUAGUGGCAUGCGUCGAUUAAUCUAUGGCAGAUCAACAAGAUCAGUCGUCGUCCGGGGGGUCUGUAGAGAAGGCCAGCGCUUCAGCAGACACCUCUAAGCAACCAAGGGGGAAGGGCAGCGCAAGUACAGGCUACAGGAAACGACAAGGUACAGGUUCGGUGACGUUGACCCUCGCAGAGAAAAGACGCAAACAGUUGAACGGCGAACAACAACAAACGUCUUCUGAAAUCUACAAUUCAUCACCUCACAGACGUUCCGUUGAUUCAAAUCUCAAAGGAGAGCAAAAUAGAGUCAAGGGAGAACGUAAGAAUUAUGGCGGUGGCCUAGGAUCUUUAGUGGAACCGGAUUGGAGACAACAAAAAGUACAACAACCAAGUAAUAGUUCGAGCGUUGGAGGUACAACGAGAUUUCGUGGUUCGAUCAGAUCAAGCGGGCAGGAUAACAAUUCGGCACCGUUGGACUGCGUCGCAUCGCGUACGCGAUCAAGAACACCUCAAAUAUCUCAGAACUCGUCGCAAGGGACCACGAGCGUUUUUGACGGAUCGGUGGCGAGCUCUUACAAUAGUAGAAAAAGUACAAGCUCCCAUACAAACUUUGCACCGUCGACGAGUUCGUCGCAUACUAGUCAUCCUUCUACAUCCAGAGGAAGAGGCCUGGGGAUGAGCGAAUGUCUGGAAGGAUUUGCGUCCGCUAUCAAAGCACUUUUUCCAAUAUCAGCGCAAACUUAUCACCAAGAAGGUUCGAAAUCUCAGGGAAGUGGCGUCAACAAUUAUACAAACGGUGGUACGGGUAGUCAAGUUUUGGGUGUGAAGUCCAGCAUCAGAGUGGGUAACGCAGCUAGCAACUCUGUGGAGAGCGGAGGCGGGGCGUUGGCACAUGACGGGGCAGGCACCAGUGGCGUUACACCGGCUACGUCCACUGUCAACCCCUCUGUGUCUGCCUCCCCUGCUGCCAACCAAUCUGCGCAUCAUCAUCCAACGCACAAACACCUUUUGAGAUCGCGGGUUAAACUCGCAACCGAGCCGACCAAGGACGUUACAGGGACUUUACCAGCUGGUGGAAAAACCGCUGGGAAACAUCACAAAAAAGAUUCUACAACGGGAACGUGCACUAGUUUGAGUAAACAUCGUUCAUCCUCUCGAGCUCGCAAAUCAGCCGGGGAAAGUGGUGCUGUGGCUGCUGGUGUUGUAAUGUCUGGAAGUGACUCCGUUACGAACAGUACUGCAACACCAAAUUCCGUCUCGUCCUCAGCCCCAGGGAGUCAGUUGACUUCGACGACCGGGGAAGAGGAAUCAAGCACGACUGCGACAUCCGCUGCUGCUAGUGGAGGACCUUCUGGAAUGUCUGCAACUACAGGCGACAGUGAAAGCGAUGAUGGCGAAGUCGGACGACUACAGGCUCUCCUCGAAGCUCGAGGUUUACCGCCCCACGUUUUCGGAGCCCUUGCUCCAAGAAUGCAGCAUCUUCUCAACCGAAGUAUGGGUGCGAGCUCUGCAGCCGCGAAAGCGCAACAACUAUUGGCUGGCCUACAAGCUGUUGAUGACGAGGGCGAGCAACUCCAAGCUGUUAUUGGAAUGGGAGAAAUUCUCGUGAUGGGAAACGAAGACACACUUACUGGAUUUCCCGUGAAACAAGUAGUCGCAGCACUCAUAAAUCUACUCGGAAUCGAGCACAAUUUCGUCAUAAUGACUCAUGCUUGUCGGGCUUUGACUUACAUGAUGGAAGCUUUGCCGAGAUCUUCCACCGUUGUCGUCGAUGCUGUUCCGAUGUUUUUGCAAAAAUUAGAGUCCAUCGAAUGUAUGGAUGUCGCUGAACAGUGUCUCACUGCUUUGGCAAUGCUCUCUCGCAGACACAGCAAAUCCAUUCUCCAAGCAGGCGGUGUUUCAGCUUGUCUAAAGUUCGUUGAUUUCUUCAACAUAACGGCCCAACGUGCCGCGCUGACAAUCACGGCUAAUUGCUGCCAAAAUUUAAAUCCCGACGAUUUCCAUUUGGUGGCAGACAGCCUCGUUCUGUUAACGAGUCGACUUACCAAUCAGGACAAAAAGAGCGUCGAGUGCGUGUGCCAAGCUUUCAGUCGUUUGGUCGACAGUUUUCAACACGAUCCUGUUAUGUUACACAAAAUCAUAACUGCGGAACUUUUGCAAAAUUUGCAACAACUGCUGAUGAUAACUCCACCGGUAAACAGUAUCGGUAACUUCAUAACCGUAUUACGAAUGCUUUCUGUGAUAUCAAAUCGCUGUCCCGAUUUGGCGCAAUUGUUACUACAACAAAAUAUAGCAUUCACCCUGAGUUAUUUACUCACCGGUUCACUCGAAGUUAAAACCGAAGAUGUCGAACUGGUACCACGUUCGCCUCAGGAAUGGUUUGAAAUCACUUGUCUGAUCGAGGAACUUAUGCCACCACUGCCUACCGACGGUAUAUUCAGUGUAAAUAGCUUGCUCGAAAGAACGAGCAAUCAGCAAGAGACUGUCCAUUGGGAAUGGCGCGACGAGAGACAUUGCUGUCAUCCUUUUAGCACCAUUGACUCGAGAAUUAUAGAGAUGGCCUUCCAAAACGGAGAAGACGAAAUUUGUCUCUCAAUGUUGGGACGAACUUACACGAUAGAUCUGACCGUGAUGAAGCAAAUAAACGAGGACAUUGGAAUGGCGAGAAGUAUCUUCCGCAGAGUUAAUGCUCAUCCUGCUGAAGGCAAAAGCCCAACGUGUUCUUCAAAUAUGGACGUUGUCCCACCGGUUAUCGAGACCAACGCCUGGCUCGUGUCGUUCAUUCGAACUUUGUUCUCUGUACUGUACGAAGUCUACAGUAGUUCCGCCGGUCCUGCGGUCAAAUGCAAAUGUCUACGAGCUCUUUUGCGUAUGGUUUAUUAUGCGUCCACAGAUCUUUUAAAGGACGUACUCAAGAACCAAGUCGUAUCAUCGCACAUCGCUGGAAUGCUCGCGUCCCAAGAUCUCAGAAUAGUCAUAGGUGCUCUUCAAAUGGGUAGUAUACUGAUGAAACGAUUGCCUCAAGUUUUCGGUGUUCAUUUUCAUCGCGAGGGAGUUUUACAUCAGAUAAGACAACUUGCCGAUCCCGAUAUACCUCUCGGUGUAUCUGCACCAAAGUGCCCUUCCGGUACGUCAUUGCCGAGUCCACAACCAGGUCCAUCCACAACGUCCUUUGCGUCGACCAUGACGCUUUCCUCGAGCAGUGCAACGUCCCCAGUCGCAUCGCCAACCACCAAUGGCAAUAUAUUGUUCGGCACAAUUGCCACCAGUCAGCUUAAGCCUAGUUUUGCUGCAACAAUGGAAACUCGGAGCAGAAGCGAUCUCAGUACAUCCGUUGACGACUCGGGUUCAGCUUCAAAUGUGCACUCGAGAAUCGGCGAUGUCCUUAAAAGGAAGCGUCCAAAUAAAAAGGGCCGUUUCCCGCGUUUGGGCAGUACAACACCUCAGCAAACGCAACAGCCGGAGUCCAUGUUCACCGGGUUUACACCCAAGAAUACUCGUUUUCUGGGCAAUCUUAACCCAGCGCGAUGGGGUAGAAAAUUGUCGUCCUCGGCAACAACAGCAAGUGACAAGCGUGAUUCGAGUUCAUCGACGAGCUUGACCAAACCACCGAAUAAUCCGAGUUUAACAGCCGGUAAUCGGGAUAAAGCGAAAUGUUGGGUCCGCGAGCAAGCGGCCCAAUUUUUGACGAGAUAUCAAGAUGACGCGCCUUGUACGCAUCCGGCAUUGACGGUUUUGACGCGGCUAACGGCUGCUAUACAGAAGCUCCAAUCGAACGAGCUAGAUGAAAUGUUCGAGGCGUUAACGGAGCUCCGCGAUAUCGUGCUCGAAAGCGACAUUUCACCGUUCGAGAUGAAUUACAGCGGUUUGAUAAAAGCGCUUUUGAAUUAUUUGACAACGAACGAAGCGCCGGGCAACCGUUACGAUCGUCUGCGAAUGUUUUGGAAGUUAUUCGCGGAGACAACGUUGCAACAAGAAUCAUCAGGUGGAAUGACGAACCACGUAGUAGAUUUAUCACCGGGUGCUUUCGGCGCCCUCGUCGCUAAGUUGAACAGUUGUGUCGCACAGUUGGAACAAUUUCCGGUUAAAGUACACGAUUUGCCAGCGGGUUCUGGUGCAGGAAGAGGCGGUACAAGCGCCUUGAAGUUCUUCAAUACGCACCAGUUGAAGUGCAAUUUACAACGUCAUCCCGAUUGUAAUAAUUUGAAGCAGUGGAAAGGUGGUACCGUAAAAAUUGAUCCGCUCGCCCUCGUUCAAGCCAUCGAGCGUUAUCUCAUGGUUCGUGGUUACGGUAGAAUACGAGAUGCCGAGUCAAUGGUCAGCGACGACGACAACAGCGAAGAUGACAUCGAUGACACGCUCGCCGCCGUCGUUAUAAGUCAAGCUGCUAAGCACAAAUUACAGUUUUUGAUCGGCGACGAAGUUCUCCCAUUCAACAUGACAGUUUAUCAAGCUGUACGCCAGUUCGGCUGCUCAGGAUUGGACCAUUCGGAAGCUGAGGCUGACAGUGAACCGCCUCUUGGUCAUGACGCCGUAUGGGUUCAAACGCACACGAUUUAUUAUCGACCUGUGCCCGAGGAAGAUACAACUACCUCACCCAAACCCGGAUCCAGCUCCGCUAGCGGCAGUCGCAAGGGAAAAGGAAAAAGUACAAAGCUUAGCUCUAAAAGAAAAGAGGAUAGUCUUUGGCUCGAAGGCGCUGUCCCACCACCCCGCUGUCCUCUCGCUCCUUAUCUCACACCAACUCUUCCAUCUGUUACUAUUUCCGACGCUUCACUCGACGGACUCUGUCUCUUGCGUCUGCUCCACGCUCUCAAUCGACACUGGGGCGUUCUAUUCCCUUAUGUGAAAAGCACUACGCUCCUCAGCGCUUCGGACUUUAUCAAUAAUAAGAUUGCCGCCAAAGCCAGCAGACAACUUCAAGAUCCGCUGGUCAUUAUGACCGGUAAUCUUCCUUCGUGGCUCCAACAAAUCGCCACCGUUUGCCCAUUUUUGUUCCCAUUUGAAACAAGGCAAUUACUGCUAUACGCGACAUCAUUCGAUCGAGAUAGAGCUCUACAACGACUUCUCGACUCUGCACCGGAAUUGUCCGGUUCGGAUAGUCAGGAACGCGUUACUCCGCGCCUGGAAAGACGAAAACGUACGAUAUCGCGAACCGACAUUUUGAAACAGGCAGAGCAAGUUAUACAAGAUUUGGCAUCGAGCAAAGCUCUGUUAGAAGUGCAAUAUAUUAAUGAGGUUGGUACUGGGCUUGGUCCAACACUAGAAUUUUACGCCCUUGUUUCGCGAGAAUUGCAACGGGCCGAUCUUGAAUUAUGGCACGGAAGUGGCACACCAACAGAAUCGGGUUACGUAAAUGCGCCCCAUGGCCUAUUCACGACUCCGAUACCAUGGAACGCCAAAGUUUCUCAUCUCGCUAAACUCAAAACGAAAUUCAAGUUUCUCGGAAAGUUUAUGGCAAAAGCCAUAUAUGAUUCGCGAAUGCUGGAUUUACCGUUCAGUCUAACGUUUUAUCGUUGGUUACUCGGCGAGGAACAGUCGCUCACAUUAUCGGAUCUUGCCUACGUUUACCCGGACAUUUAUCACAGUCUCAACAAACUCCAAGACAUCGUAAGGCGAAAAGAAGCAAUUGAGCGUGACCAAACUUACAGACCCAGCGAAAAAGCACAAUUGAUUGAGUCACUCGAUCUCGAUGGGUGUUCCAUCAGCGAUCUUGGCCUCGUUUUUGAAUUACCGGGAUAUUCAAACAUCGAGCUUAGAAAAGCAGGAAGCGAUAUUUCUGUUACUAUCCACAAUUUGGAUCAAUACAUAAAACUGGUGAUUCAUUGGUUCCUGUAUGAAGGAGUUUUCCGUCAAAUGGAAGCUUUCCGCGAGGGUUUCGAAUCCGUUUUUCCGCCGAGUCAAUUAAGACUGUUUUUCCCUGAAGAAUUGGAGGCAGUAUUUUGCGGUCACGCACAGGCUGGUGGUCAAUGGGACGUGAAAACACUCCUCGAAUGCUGUCGGACUGAUCACGGCUAUACUCCCGAUUCCCGGGCUAUACGUUUCCUCUUCGAAGUUAUGUCUGGAUACAAUAGCGAAGAGCAGAGACAAUUCAUACAAUUUGUCACGGGAUCACCGCGAUUGCCCGUUGGUGGCUUCAAAAGCUUAACACCGCCUCUAACGAUAGUACGUAAAACUUUCGAUCCAUCAAUGCAAACUGACGAUUUUUUGCCGUCGGUGAUGACCUGUGUCAACUAUCUAAAACUGCCGGACUACACAACAUUGGAAAUAAUGCGAGAAAAAUUACGGAUAGCAGCGCAAGAGGGUCAACACUCGUUCCAUUUGUCUUAGGUAAUUCAUGGAACAGAGACGUGAAUAAAUAGACUCGGUUCGUCUCUCCAGUAUUUUCGGGCUAUUGGCGAUUGAGAAGAAAAUUGUUUCGCGCGUGCUCCUCGAUAACCGAUUCUUUGGCUACGGGGAGAAAAGGAUGUACUGAAAGCUAGAAAAGCUGAUGAUAAUUAUACCGCAACUGUGGUAAACUUAUUAUCCCAUCACCGUUUUCUCGACGUGGUGACGGAAAUAAAAAAUAUCGAACAGGAAGCGCGAUAGAGAGAGAGAGAGAGAGAGAGAGACAGAGAGAAAGAUAAAGCAUAGAGAGAACAACGACACAUUUCAGACGAUUCUUUCUUCAAGCUGGUUAUUAAUUUUCAUUCAAUUUUAUUUUUUUCUUCUCUCUUAUUUUUUGCCUUUUAUUUUUAUUUUUGAUCUACGUUUUCUUGAGAAACGACAAUUUAGUUAAAUUUUUCCCUUCCGUUGCGACUAUCGCAAAUGAAUAAAAUUCCAGUUUGGUGUUUA